AUGAAUUCAGAUAAUUACAAGAAAACAGGAUGCUAUAAUGUUCGAUGUCCAGGUUUUGUUCAAGUUGAAAGUGGUAUUUAUCUUGGUAGACGUUUUCCUCAUGUAUCUGUGUAUGGUGGACCAACUUAUGAGAGUCACAUUUCUAUUACUCAGGAUUCAGUGACAAAAAAUUGGUGGAUAACUUUGGGAAAUAUAAACAUCGGUUAUUAUCCAAAAGCAUUGUUCUCGAACUUAGGAUCAGCAGAGUUUGUAGGGUGGGGUGGGAGAACAAAAACUAAGGUUGGUACUCCUAGUCCUCCAAUGGGAUCUGGUUAUUUUGCGGAUGGAAACAGUUCUCAUGCGUGCUAUUUUAGAUCUGCAUUAAUUCAAGAUGCUUCAGGACGCACUUUUGGACCAAAACCUAAUCAAAUUUUACCUUUCAGUGACAAAACUGAGUGUUUUGGUGUUAAAUACUUUGGAUAUCAAGGAGAGUUUUUUGGAAGUGUUCUCCAGUUUGGAGGACCCGGAGGUAAUUGUGGAAACUAA